CGAUCGCCGGCAUUUCUCUUGCUCCUCUCUGCGCUUUGAUUAUCCCCUGAAGUUUCUCUCACCACCGCCGCCCCACUGUCUAGUCGGUGGCUCCAUAUCCACGAGCCUCGACUGCUCCGGCUGGCUUCUUCCCUUCUCUUCUCGCUCUGUCGGUGACAUCUUUGACCUGCCACCGCCUCUCCGUCCGGCACCCGCCGUGUCACUGCCACCGCCGAAGCGACAAAGGUGUUUUUUUUCCAACACUAUCAAGAUGCCGAUGCUGGCCUCGAGUUCUGUUGUCAGCGUGCCUCUUCUACCAAUUGUGAAAUCAUCAUGGCAACUUAAGGAGCAUAAAUCAUGUCCUCCCAAUAUUAGGGUACAGCUACGACCCUGUAAUGCUAAAAGAGGACAUCUUAGGAUCACUGCAGCAGGUACAGUAGGGCUUGGUGCAAGGUUACAACCAGUUAUCAUGAGGACACGAGAGCGGUCAUCUUCCACGGUUUGCUUUGCCGCUUUGAAUGCAAGAUGCGGGGCAGAGCAGACCCAAACCGUCACACGUGAAGCACCGACAAUCACCCAAGCCCCUACUCAUAUCCAGGAGAAGUCACCGCAACUCGAUGAUGGCGGCACCGGGUUCCCGCCCCGUGAUGAUGGAGAUGGUGGAGGUGGCGGGGGUGGCGGUGGAGGAAAUUGGUCGGGAGGAUUCUUCUUCUUCGGGUUUCUUGCGUUUCUCGGCUUUCUAAAGGAUAAGGAGAGUGAAGGAGACUAUGAUAGCAAUAGAAGAAGAUAAAAGGACGAUAUAGGAUUCUAUUAGCUGUAAGUCACGCGGAGAUGGACUAUAUACAGAGAUUAUUUUUUGUCAGCUCAUGUUUCAUAUAUACUUGCGUUUGCGUUGUUGAAUAAAUUAGCUAGUAAUUAAUUGAUAAUUGUUGCUGUCGAUGGCCCAAUUUCUCAUUCAAUUGAGUUGCUCUCCAAAUGAAAUCGGGUUGUAAUGAUAUACAAUUGGAUUCGCUUGUACUAAUACAAUGACUUGUUUCAUCUUG